AUCUCAUGUUGGAUAAGAAGAAUUCUUUGUCAUAAACAAAAUCUUAUAGGAGUACUACGAUUUUAAUUCCUAAUUAACGCCUAGAAUUGUUACCUGUCCUGCAUAAAUUUCCAAAAAAUCCUGAGAUAAGUUACAUUGGAUUCGUUCUUAAAUCAAGAAAGUUUAAAUUAUACACAGAACUACAGAACUACAGAACUACAACUGGACUCAAGUUAUAAAUUGUCUUGUUUUACACGACAUUGAGGUACCAAAAUUGGUUAAAAUCGAAGGAGAUGACGACGAUGAUAUGGAACCUAUUAAAUUGGAUUGUAAUUAUGAAUUGGAAGAAGAUCCCUCCUAUUUAGUUGUCAAAUGGUUUAAGGAUAACAACAAUAUAUAUCAAUGGAUACGUGGUAAACCUCCUUCAGCGCUGCGCCACUUCAGGCAUCAUAUUGGAGAAAUUGAAACCACAUCGUCGGAUAAAAACCACGAGUAUCGUGGCUUAACACUAAUUAAUCCCUCAAUCGAAUUGAGCGGCACUUACAAGUGUUUAGUACAAACAGAUCGUGACUCAAAAGCCAUGGAAAAGGAACUACAUGUGGUUGAUAUAAGUAACAGUACAUUUGUGUUUGACAAUCAUCCCGUACAAAAUGAAACAUAUUUGGAAUGUAAAGUAACAAAUAUAUUUCCCAGACCCAGAAUACAUUUAGUAUCUCCUGAUGAAAGUAUUGUUUUGUCUAGUAAUGAAACACGUAUAGAAAAACUUAAUAAUAAUUAUUAUGAUGCCUCCAUGACUGCCAUCGCUCAAAAUACCGAUGACGAUGCUGAUGAUUUUUAUUGUUUCAUUACAUUUGAUGGCAUUAAUUUAAAUCUUACCGCCAGUACUGUUAGAUCAUCUGUAGGUAGAAAUUCUCUACACUAUAGUUAUCUAUGGCUAAUAUUUCUUUUGGCCUUUUCAACGAAAUUGUUAAAUUUGUUUUAAUUGUAGAUAUUUGUUGCUUGUUUUUUUAAUAUUAUUUAAUGUUUUUUU